GCACCGUGAUAUUUAGCGCAGGAACUAAACUCAGAUUACAACCUAAAUAUACAGAUUAUAAAUUGACGCGUCAUAUCACUUUCCUUUCUCACGUACGCCGGAUUUAUGGCUCGGCCUCGGAGUUAAAGAUAAUGGAUAUAAGAACUCAACCAUCCCCAUCCACUACCGUUUCCGAGACUAGUCAGCGAUACAAAGCUUGCGCCAGUCGAUAUCCCUACAGUCAUGCCUCCUUUCAUUACCCUCGAAGAGCAUUACGCCUCGCCCAAAGUGCGUGAAGCAAGCGCAGAAGCCCGCGCACAUUAUGCAAACUUCCCACCUGCUAUACUGUCCAAGUUGGAGUCCCUCGGGGAGGAACGUAUCCAGGACCUUGAUAAAGGAAAUGUGUCCCUUCAAGUCAUUUCCCACGGUCCGGGGAAUUUAUCGCCCCCUCUCUGCUCAGAAGUAAACAACGACCUGGCAUCUGCCAUUGCUAGGAAUCCCACUCGACUAGCAGGAUUCGCCAUGCUCCCGAUGAGCGAGCCAGCUGCUGCCAUGGCCGAACUCGAGCGCUGUGUAACGGAACUGGGCUUCGUUGGAGCCCUGGUGGAUAAUCACCUGGACGGACAAUUCUACGACGAUGAACGUUUUUGGCCAAUAUUCGAGAAAGCGCAGGAACUGGACGUUCCGAUCUAUAUCCACCCUACGUUUGCAUCCGACUCCAUGAUGGAGCAUUAUAAAGGGAAUUACAAUGACUCCGUGGCGCUGGCGCUGAGCGCAUUCGGCUGGGCCUGGCACGCCGAGACGGGACAUCAUAUCCUCAGGUUAUUUGCCUGCGGUCUCUUUGAUCGUUUCCCUAAACUAAAAAUUGUGAUUGGGCACAUGGGCGAGCUGCUACCUUUUCAGUUAGACCGCGUGUUUGCUAUCUCGGACCGAUGGGGCAGAGAAAGAAGCUUUAGGGAGGUUUGGCGGAACAAUAUCUGGAUCACGACCAGUGGCAUGUUUUCGUUGACGCCGCUGGCUUGUCUCCUGCAAACGACUUCCAUUGACCAUGUGUUGUAUAGCGUUGACUACCCGUUUUCACCGAAUGAGAAAGGAUUGCGGUUUUUCGAGGAGAUUGAGAAGAGUGGCUUGAUCACGGGGAGAGAUCUGGAGCUAUUUGCAUAUCAGAAUGCAGAAGCAUUACUAAAGGUCAAGGCAAUUAAUAUGUGAAUUUCUCUUAUUAUCUCACGUCUUUUAGCUAUAAUGCGGUUGUUAAUGCGUGACACUGUCGCUCUAU